GUAUGUAUAUACACACCAACAACAACCCAAACCCUUGUUAACUAAGCUCUCAUCUUCUUCUGCGUUGACAUGGGUCUCUCCUCCUCUCUCUCCAUUGCCAUAUUCCUCCUCUACUUCACCUCCGUUCUCGCCGGCCCCGACAAGAAAAAGCCGGACUACUUGACGCAGAUCGACGGCUUGGACACCGACUACUACCGCAAGACGUGCCCGAAGGCGGAGGAGAUCAUCAGCAAGAAGGUCAAGCACUGGAUCUCGAAAGACUACACCCUCGGCGCCAGCCUGCUGCGCUUGCACUUCCACGACUGCGCCAUUCGGGGAUGCGAUGGUUCAGUUCUGGUGAACACGACGGGGAGCGAGAGGUACGCGAAGGCCAGCAAGACGCUGCGCGGGUUCGAUGUGAUCGACGACAUCAAAGCCGAGCUGGAGGACAAGUGCCCGAAGACAGUGUCUUGUGCCGACAUACUGACUGCCGUCGCUCGUGAUGCCACCCACGAGAUUGGAGGCCCGUACUGGAGCCUGAAGUACGGGCGGAAGGAUGGGCGGAAGUCGCUGGCGGAGGAAGCGGAGGGCGUGCCGAUGGGCCGCGAGAGCGUCACCGGCCUCAUCCAGUUCUUCCAGUCCAAGGGACUAACACUUCUUGAUUUGGUGGUACUCUCAGGUGCCCACACAAUCGGGAGAUGCAGCUGCGGAUCGAUCCAGUACCGGAUCUACAACUACACAGAGUACGGCUUGGCCGACCCGAGCAUCGACCUCAAGUUCCUCAACUUCCUGCAGCGCAAGUGCCGGCAGGCGUCGGAGUACACCGAGCUCGACGCCGUCACGCCGACCAUCUUCGACAGCGUCUACUACAAGAACCUGCAGCAGCGCAUGGGCCUGCUGUCGACGGAUCAGAUGCUCUAUGCCGACUCGCGCACGGGGCCGCUCGUCAAGGCGCUCGCCGCGCAGCACAACUUGUUUUAUCAGCAGUUUGGUGUGUCCAUGAAGAAGCUCAGCAAGGUGCAGGUUCUUACGGGAGAUGAAGGGGAGGUUAGGACCAAGUGCUUUGCGUUCAAUUGAUGCAUAUAUGUAAUAUAUGCAUGAUGAUCAUACGCAUGCAUAUGUAGAUCGACGUUUCUUGUUACGUUCCUACGUGAUUUGAAUGUUUAAAUGGCCUGCUAUAUAUAUAUAUAUAUAUAUACAUGUAGCUUGAGUAUAUUGUAUCGCUGUUUGGAUGUUGUCUCAGAGGACUCUGCAUUUUGUUCCAGAGAGGAAUAAUCAAAUAGAACCACGCAUCAAUGUAAAAAUAUCUUCCUUAAUUUUCUUAAUUUGAUUCGCUGAGUCUUUGUUA